UACACAGCCCGUCAGUUGAACUUCGACGCAGUGCAAGACCAGAAGACUGACGACUGUGACGUGACGCGACCGUAUAAAAUACCUAAUUCCAUACAUACCAUUAUCAUUACAUUAACACUAAUAAAAAUCUAGAGUAGAAAUAGCUUUUACCGAUCCCGCGUGUGAUAAGACGAGUGUGAUAAGCGAAGAGAGUGAAUUUCGAAGAGCCGCUCGUUAUCAAAUUUUAAGCAGAGCCGUGACAAACAAGUGUGUGGUGAACUAUGCAUGAUAGUUUUGAAUAGUGCACCAAAGCUAAGUUUGUCUUGAUAGAUAAGUGAACAGCAGGAAGGCAGCUCGCUACAAUCGUCGUAGAUCCCCAGAAGUCGCUAGUAGCAUGUUUGCGAAAAGUGUUUGAAAAGAAAUCUAGUUUUUUGCAACAUCUGUGCUUGUCCCUGAUCUGGACUAGGGUUUCAUCGGCUGAUUUGGAUCAAAAACUGCGCUCAGGUUCUGCUGGUGUGGUAGUGGUAUAUGCGGCAUGUGGUAGUCUCGAGAAGUAUCAUCACCAUAAUCAACAUCACGGUCGUGGUCGUCGUCGUCGCAGCAGUCAUCGUGCGCAAAAAAUAAAUAAAUUAUAAUUAGUUUACAAGCGUGUAGAACGGAAUAGGCGCGGAUACGCGCAACCAGGUUCUUUGGUUCUUGCACUAACAUUAUAAGUUCAAUCACUUUGAUCUCGACGCAGUCUGACUCAGCGUACUGUAAACCAAUUGGUUUUAUGGUUGUCUAACAAAAACAACUGUUGGUAAAUCAUCAACCGCCCCCACAGAUUAGCCUUCGCUAGAAUCUUUAAUUUCUGAGCUCAUAUUGUGCAUCUGCACUUAGUAGAAUCACCUUAUUCAUGUGUACGUGCAACAGAAGGGGGAAUAAUAUUUACUGGUGCAAAAAUAUACACACAUAGAGUUGCACCCAUCGAGAACCAAACUCAACAAUCACAGCAACAAAUUCCUUGCUAAAGCGUAAAACUCAGUAUCGAAGACGAGUAGAUAUUGCAAACUAUAAUCACGGUUUGCCUUUCGAUUCCUUCGGCCAAACCGUAUGCACGGUGCUUCGAUAUUGCAUUAGUGUCCAGGUGCUACGCAUUCGGCGAACACUUCAGCACUCAACUAGAUUAAGUGGCUGCGGACAACUGGAGGAAAAGGCCAAAAUCUACGAAGGGCGAAACUAGUACGAAACAGACACACACGCACAUAAUGGCUGAGCUCAUCGAGGACGAGAUGAAACACUGCUACGAGAAUCUGAUCGUAGUCGACGUUGGCGCCAACUUGACCAACAAAAAGUAUAUUCGUGACCUGGACUCGGUCAUACAGCGCGCUAAAGAUUCUGGCGUCCAGAAAAUCAUGGUCCCCGGCACGUCGGUCAAGUCAAGCAAAGAGGCCCUCCGGUUGACACGCAUCUAUCCGGGAAUCAUCUAUUCGACCGCAGGAAUUCAUCCACACGAUUCGAAAUCGAUAAUCGAAGAACCGAGCACGUGGCACGACUUUGAGGUAAUUGCCGGAGCACCGGAAUGCGUUGCGAUUGGCCCAUGCGGAUUGGACUACCAGAGAGAUUUCAGUGAACCGUGCACCCAGAAGGACAUCUUUGAGCGGCAACUGAAGCUGGCCUGUAACCUGCAGAAACCUAUUCUGAUACACGAACGAUCUGCCCAGGAGGAUGUGUUGGAAAUACUAUCGAAAUUUCAACCUACACCGCAGAUCAUCAUCAGAGGUUUCAUGGGUACUAUUGAGGAGGCUCUCAAGUACCUGCAGCGGGAUUACUACAUUUCAUUGACAGGAUAUCUAUGCAAAGACAAGUCAGAUACCGGGGUCCGUAAGCUGCUCGAAGAUGGUCGUCUCCCGCUGGAACGCCUGCUGGUGGAAACCGAUUCACCCUUCAUGUACCCAAACACACGUGCUUCCAAGCUGCCCCAGCACGUCAAGACCGGACUGACCGAGCGAUCACUCCUCUACCUGCAUCGCUACUGUACCUUCCAGCGCAAUGAACCGUGCAGUUUGCCGGCCAUCGUGGAAAUGAUCGCUGCCUUCAUGAACAAGAAACCAGAGGACGUAGGCCUGGCGACGGCAUUCAACGCACUCAAGCUGUUCGGACUGUCUCAAUGAUGGAGGCGAAAAAAAAACGACAAUGAAAAUUAAACGAAAACGAUUUUUUUUAUCUCCCCUACAAUUUCACGUUGAAUCAAAAUGAUUUCACUUUCUUAAUCGACGAAUGAUAAAUUUGUUAUCAUCAUUAAUUUUAACACGUUUUCUUUUAUAUACCUAUUUUAGGUUUGUUAAGUUGGAACUAUUUAAGUCUUGCCCAAUAAUGUUUAUCGAAAAAUAAAGAAAUAUUGUUGUUGCUAUAUAGCAUAAACUGGAUCCUAUGCUCUUAGAGUGGUUCUUUACAAUGUUGAAGGAUUCUAUCAAAUUGUUUCGUUCUUUAUCUUAGAAUAACCCAGGUAGCUGUAGUUUUGUAAGUUAGAACAAACAAAUUGUGUUAACCGAAUUUAUGUUCUACAUGUGAAGCGAAAGACUGAUGUUAUUAAAAAGGGUCGGAAAGAUCAACCAAAACACACACACACGUCUAAUCUCGCGAGAAUUAGAAAACCAAGUAAUGAAAAUACAUCGAUUAGUAAAUUACUCGUCCCUCAAGAAACGGCUCUCGAUCAGGGAAAACUAUCUCAGUAAAAUUAGAACAAUAUAUAGAAAACAUUCCUUGCCAACCGGCUGUUUACUGAGAGGCGACUCGAUUUUCUAGCAAAUGACGCAAUCGACAAGUUUUUAGAAGCUUCUAAAAACAAGAAAACUGAACUGUAGUACAUACUGACUACGACAACGAUGAGAUAGAGUGCUCUUAUCUGUUAACAUAUUUGGAAAUUAGAUUAGUAAGAUUGUUUUAAGUUAACGUUGUUCCCUUAGUUAUACAUAUAACGGUUGAUAGUGACAAAACACCAGCAUAACGUAGGAAGAAAAGUGCCAUAAAUAUGUCUAACUGUGCGCUGAAGUGAAUAUGAUAUGUAACAACCUGUAUUCAUUGUGUAAAUUAUUGAGAUUGAAAUAAACGUAUAUUUUCAUA